AUGAGCUACGUGUACCUACUAACAAACCAAUCAAUAGUUUCAGGGAGCAUCAAAACGGUUCUUCCUCGAUCGAUCCAUGGAUGGAUCGUCGCCUGCCAUUAAUUCCAAUUCUAAUUCUAAUCCAGGCAUUCAGAAGCUGCUUGCUGCUAGGUGCUAAUUGAAGUCCACCGGAGGCGCGUCUAGUUUAGGUAGACCUUCCACAAGGAGCCGAGCCGUAAUUAUGCGUCGUCCUUAAUCAUCGUCGAACAUGGCUCGUGUCUCCCCAACAACACCUCCUCUCUCUUCAUCCAUGGAUCUAUAUAUAUAAACGAAGCGCCCGGGCGAACGAAGACAGUAGCAGGCCAGUACAACCCGCACACACAGCUCAGCAAUCAGCAUCGCCUCCCGGAGGCCGGGGCGGAGUCCCAUGGCGAGUUCCUCGAGCUGUAGUCGGCCCAGAGCUCGCUUCUCCGGCGCCGCCGCUCUGGGCAUUGCGCUGCUCGUCCUGCUCGCCGGCUGCGCGGGCAAUGCCGGCGCCUACUACGGCGGCGGUGGCGGGGACAUGCGGUACCAGUUCCUGGCACAGCAGAACGCGGCGCGCGCGUCGAUGGGCCUGCCGCCUCUGAUCUGGGACGAGCGCGUGGCGUCGUACGCGCGGUGGUACGCGCAGUCCCGGCGCGGGGACUGCGCGCUGGUGCACUCGUCGGGUCCCUACGGCGAGAACCUCUUCUGGGGCAGCGGCACCGGGUGGGCGCCGUCGCAGGCCGUCGGCGCCUGGCUAUCCGAGCGGCCACGCUACGACUACUGGAGCAACAGCUGCUACGGCGGCAUGUGCGGGCACUACACCCAGAUCAUGUGGCGGAGCACCCGACGCGUCGGCUGCGCCGAGGUCACAUGCUACAAUGGCAGGGGCACCUUCAUCACCUGCAACUAUGACCCGCCGGGCAACUACGUCGGCGUCCGCCCCUACUGACCGGCCGGCAUCGUCACCGGCCUGCCACCGGCCGCCGGCCGCUCCCUCUCUCUCGCCGCACGGCCGGCUCACGGCGCAGCAGCAGCCUAGUAGUAACUCUUGCUGUGCCAUCGUUGAUCGUUGCUAGUACUACUACUAUAAUAUCGAGAUGACAUGAUACAAGUGUACAAAAAUGAAUGCAUUAUUGUUGCCUUGGCACCGUUAUUGUAUUUAUUACUAGUAGUACAUUUGCUGAGUAAAUUGUUUUUGGCCUGCCAGCCAAGUGUACGAAGGCCUUGUUUACUUUCAAAAAAUUUUGCAAAAUAUAAAUAGUAACACUUUUGUUUG